AUGAGCGAUCAGAAUGUCGAUGUUUCUUACUGCGGUGACUCGCUCAUGGGCGUGGCCAUUGCCAUUGCGGUUGUGCAGAUCUUGAUCGUAGUGGCUCGAUUCUACACACGAUACAUGCAGAGAGUGGCAUGCGCUCUGGAUGACUAUCUGAUCGUGCCCGCCUUGGUGGCAAGUCUUGGGCAAUCGGCCUUGUAUAUUGUUUUGCUCAAGGUAGCGGGUCUGGGGUACCAUAUGGAAUAUGUCAUGCAGACGCCCCAAAAAUUGGUCUCCUUAGAGAAGGGACUGUAUGCAAACCAAAUACUUGAUUUUCCGUUCACCGUGACGCCGGCAAAGAUUUCAAUCCUCUUGUUUUACAUUCGCAUCUUCAACACCUUCAAGUCCCGAAUGUUCGCCUACGCCGUUGGGCUGAUCGUCAUGGGCCACGGAAUCGGUGUUUUCUUUGCCGCCAUAUUCCAGUGUUCGCCCGUUGCAUAUACCUGGGAUAAGACGAUCCAAGGAGGAACCUGUUUUGACCAGCAGGCGUUUUACCGAUACGUCUCGCCCCCGAACAUCCUGACCGACGUCGUGAUACUCGUGAUGCCUAUGCCGUUUGUCUGGAGACUCCAUACUCGGAUGGGACAGAAACUAGCCUUGACAGCGGUCUUUUUACUCGGAGGAUUGGGCACCGUGGCGAGUAUUUUGCGCAUGACCAUCUUUUUCCAAGAGAAUGCCAUGACCGAUCCAACCUGGGCAUCGGUCAACCUAGGGAUCUGGACUGUUCUGGAGGGAGGGAUUAUCAUCAUUGCCGCGUGUCUGCCUUCCAUCUGGCCAUUGAUCGUACGGAUCUUGCCCCGUCAGCUGAUGAGCAAGCAUUCGUCCAAGCCCAAAAACCAACAGCGACAUCGGUACACGACCAGUCAACACAAGACCAAAGGAGUCGUUGGAUUUGCACGACUGGGUGACAGCGCCGAGACCGAUAAAUGGCCUCUGGACACGAAUCCAUCGCUGGAAAGUCAAACUGUGACACCGGAUGAUCAUCCAGAGAGCAUCUCUAUGCGAAGCAUGGAACAUCGAGAGACAUGA